UGUCAACGGAAGAAGGCGCUUUUGUUUUUCCUUGGGAAAAAAGUCGAGGGACAAUGUUUGGAAAAACGAUUUUCAGUUAUACUUUAUUUUUCUCUCAAAUGCAUAUAGACAAUCUUAUAUAGGACAUGAAAUCUUUCGGAAUACCUAAACCAUAUUUCAUCGUCUUGAAGCUUGUUUGACGCUCCGUUUGGGAAUUGUUGAAGCUGCAGAGAUUGCAAGGCGGAAGAAGGGAAUUUCGAAGGGACGAGCUUGAGAGAGCCAAAAGAUGGCUCCGGAUUGAUUUUAUCAGAGCUUUGCAAUGCUUUUCAACCUAAUUCGGAUUUAUAUGAAAUCAUAUUUCUAUUCUAAAACACAGGUUAGUCUCCGUGUCUCGUUAAUGUCAUAAUUUGGACUGAUCAUUUGCGAUCAAGAAACUCAAAAUGGCGGAGGGCUGGCCCAUCCCCCAGACCCUGUUCCUGCUCAUAGUGAGUGUCGCGGGCCUGGACACUUGCCCUUCUCCUUGUACGUGUUCUGGUGGUCCAGCACAACUGCUGGAUUGCAAUAGGAAAAGACUGACUGCUGCAGCUCUGGAAGCUCCAGUCUGGAUCACCCAUGCGUCUAUGAAUCAGAAUGAACUUACAGCAGUGCCUUUUCUUGGAGAUGCCUCAUCAAACAUCACAGUGCUGUCACUUGUUCAUAACCGAAUCUCUGAAGUUGUGGCAGAGCAGCUGUUGCCAUAUUCAUCUCUAGAAAGUCUGGACUUGAGCUCUAAUUCUAUAUCUGAGCUUAAGGGCGGAUCAUUCCCUCCCAUGCAGCUGAAAUACCUCAACCUGAGCAAAAACAAGAUAGGUUCCUUGGAGCCCAGUUGUUUUGGAAACAUCAGCUCCCUUCUGGUGUUGAAGAUAAACCAGAACAGACUCUCUCUGCUGCCUGAUAAAGUCUUCACCCUCUCUCAGCUCCAAGUCUUAGAGUUGAGGCGCAACAGGAUUCGUGUCGUGGAAAGUCUCAUUUUCAAAGAACUGAAGGCUCUUAAAUCGUUGAAGAUGCAGCGCAACGGCAUCACAAAGCUGAUGGAUGGAGCUCUCUUUGGUUUGGAAAACAUGGAGGAGCUAGAGUUGGAGUAUAAUAAUCUGACGGAGCUGAAUAAGGGCUGGCUGUAUGGCCUGCACAUGCUCAGGAUUCUCCGGGUAAAUCAGAACAAUAUCGGACUCAUUCGAGCUGAUGCCUGGGAGUUUUGCCAUCGCCUGGAAGAGCUGGAUUUGUCUUUCAAUCACUUGAGUCGUCUGGAGGAUUGGGUGUUUUCUGGCCUCAGUCUCCUGCAGAGUCUCAACUUGGGUGACAAUCAAAUCGCACACCUGGGAGAAGGAGUGUUCAGCAGUCUGGCUAACAUCCGUACAUUGGACAUCCGUAAUAAUGAGAUCUCCCUCGCCAUCGAGGACUUGGUUGGCAUGUUUGUGGGUUUGAAGAGGCUGAACUCGCUAGUUUUACAGAAUAAUAAAAUCAGGACCAUCACUAAGAGAGCGUUUGAGGGUCUGAUGGAGCUGGAGCAUUUGGACCUGAGUAAGAAUGGCAUCAUGUCUAUUCAUCCUGACGCUUUCACUCAUUUAAAACUUAAAACACUUGAUCUGAACACCAGCAGUCUCCUGUGUGACUGUCAGCUGCAGUGGUUGGGCCAGUGGUUGAUUGACAGUCAGUUCCAGCAAUCCUGCACCGCCGUCUGUGCUCAUCCUGCCUUCCUGACAGGAUCUAGUGUGCUCGUUAUUAAACCAGAGGAGUUUGUCUGCAAUGACUUCCCUAAACCCCAGAUCAGCUCUCAUCCCAAGACCGCUGUGGCCUUACGCGGGACCAACGUCACUCUGAACUGCUCUGUGUUCAGCAGCAGCGACUCUCCCAUGAGCACCGCCUGGCGCAAAGAUGGAGAGGUGCUGUAUGAAGCCCAGGUGCAGAACUACGCUCAAUACCAGGAUCACCGCCUCCUCUACACCACCGUACUCCACCUGCUCAAUGUUAAUUUCACAGAUGAGGGCCAGUACCAGUGUGUGGUCUCCAACCAUUUUGGGUCCAACUACUCCACUCUGGCCAAGCUCACUGUUAAUGAGUUAUGUCAGUUUAAUUUUCCAUAUCUACACAAUGAAUGGGUGACCUUUGUUUUCACAAUCUCUAUUUUUCUUGUCUCAGAUGUCCCAGGCAGGUCAUUUUGGGAUGGUGAAGAAACCCACUCUUCCAUCCUCGCCCAGGGCUCAGUGACUGUACACAAGCCCCCGAUAGGUCUGUCCGCUGGGGACGGCCGAGAGGAGAGGAGGGGGGCACUGGAGGAAGGCUCAUACAGGACUAAGCCACAGGAAAGUGCCUCAACCCCCACAUAAACCCAGCUAGCCCGUCUUCCCCAGUCCUUUUGUCUCCAAACAUCACCGCCUUGUCCUUCAGUCGCCUCCCAGUGCCCUCAGCCCACUACCUCCAUUGAGAAGCAUCAUUCUCUGCCAAAUGAAAUGCCUCGCUCUACAAUGUUUACACUGCUCUCCUGUCCUUCCCCACCAUGUUCCGUUGUAACCCACUGGGAUGUGCGUGUUUUGCGGAAAACUCUUUCAGACAGGAGACUGCUUUCCCUGCUUUCACCAUUCCUCAGCUAACCGGUCUGGUUUGAGCCCUGAAUGUACCAUUUCCAAGAGUUCCACUAGUCCUAGCGCAGCCUGUGACGUACAAAUUAUGCCAUGUUUGGUUUUCCCGCCUACUUGAGAGCGUUGAGCCUUUUUGCAUAUGCCAAAGCUUGACCCAGACUCCCGUAUAACUUGCUUUUGCUCUGGUACAGGACCUGUACGAAUAUUGACUGUGAAGAUUGGACUGUCAAAAGAGGGCAGUGAUGUUCUCUGCGUGACGUCAGAGGGCCAAUUAACUGUAUUGCAUUUCUCAUUCCAAUUAGCAAACGGUACAGACUUCUAACCAAUAAUGUGCUAACAGAGUUGACGGCUCCAUUGUUUCCACUGUUAUUGUACGCCGAAGUUAUGUCAUUCAUAAUAUUUUUUUGUUUAGUGCUUCUCACAAACCUAAACAUAUUUCUCAAUUUCUCUCUCUGUUUUUUUUAAAGCACUAUAACAAGAUGGUAAGAAAGACGGGAUAUGUUGCACCUUUGAUAAUCUUCCCAGGACAUCCUUAUACGAAUCAUAAUAUGCUAACUUUUCUUCACUUACUCUCCAUAUUAAGCUUUCAUAUUUUUAUUUUGUGUAUUUUGCGACAAUUUCCAUUUUAAUUGGUUUCCCUCAUUUGCAUUCUUGCAAGUGCAUAUCUAGUUGAAUUGCAGUCUGUGAUUGAUCAGCAUGACUGAGCACCAUUGGUGUGCAUUUGGGGUGGGGCUACAUUCUGACUGACCAAUAGGAGCAUUUGAGAGAAUUUCUUGCAAUUCCAUUUGGUGCCCUACUAGUGUAGAAAUCACACAGUUCACCUUUAAAAUGUGUAUAUGCUGCAUUUGAAAUCUGUUGUUACUGCUGGAUCAAACUGGUCUCGUCGAGUUAUUUGCCUUUUUUUGUUGUGAACCUCAAAUCAUCUUCUUAAUUUGAGGUGUAAUAAGAACCAUUUUGACAGUUAGGCAUAGCCAUGCCUAGUCAUUUUUAUCAUUUUGGCCUUAGAAGGACAGCUGGAUUUUACAUUUCUUGCCUGUAAACAUUGUCUUAAGAGGCUGUGUCCAAAACCAAAGGAAUCUGCCUUACAGUCCUGCUGCCCACUCAUUCAACAGACACCUUUUAAGGAAACACAUUUUCGACGGACUUUCAAGACACUGGAACGUCACGUCUGAUGAUCUUAAAAUAAAUUCAGAAAUAAGCAAGGUCAUAUUUAAUGACCACAGUUCUCAUUCCUCAGUAGAAAUUAGGCAAAAAUACAUGAAUAAAUGAAUUUACUGCUUUUAGUAGUAGUACAAGCUAUAUUUUUUAAACUUAUGCCAAACCACAUGCACAGGAUUGCUGGUUAACAUAGGCAGCAAAAUGAGUAAAAGUAACUAUAUGAAGCGUCUUGGUGGACACAAUGUUACGCAAACAUUUGAUUUGAUGCUUAAUGCCUUCCUACCUCCAGAUCAGCAUUUUUCAAGUUUCGGACAUAGCCACUACUUUGCUUUAAAGGUGCGGUUACAUUUACAUUUACGUGGUGAAAUUCCAUGGGCAAAAUGCAGUCAUGUCAAUAGGAAUUUGCACAAUCUGGAAUUUGUGUGAGGCAAAACAUUUGCCUGUGCAGUUUCCACAUUGGAUUUAAUUUUGUUAAACUUCAAACACAAAUUUGCAGUGUCUACCAAUUUAAAGGUGUGGUCACAUUUACCACUGCUCUGCCAAACUUUGCAGGUGAAAUUGAGAGUUUCACGUGAGGUUGAAAAAGUUGCCCACGCAGAUUUUCGGUUGCAUGAAUUUGCCACGUUGACCAACAGAAAGCUGCCUUAAAGUGACUUCUGUGUGAGCCGUGCUUUAUACAUCACUACGCUGUUGAACCCUGUUUUAUGACUGCACCUCAAGUCUGCUUAGUUUAGAAGUGACCUCUGAGUAAUGGACCUUCUUUGCCCACAAAACUUCCCCUUAAGGAUUCGGACUCACUUCCAACGCUUGAUGAUCCAAACCAUGUGUGUGGAUCCCGAACCAUUUAUUUUGUUCAGAAAGCUCCACAACAUAGCAGUGCACUGACAUUUUGCACUUUUUGAGUAUACAAAAGCUGGAUCUUGCGUUGCAGCAGAUAUCUAUGGUCACUGUCUUCCCCUGUCUUUUAAUGGAAAUGCUUUAUUUUCAACCAAUUUCCAACUGUGAUAAGUACCCCUUGAUUUGCAUAUUGAUUUGUUGCAUUUUGCACAAUCUCUUGCCUUGCAGUUAGGUGCACAAUUACACUAAUCGGAGACCUUGAUGUCAAAAGAUUUGUCUGACUCCUCGCUGUGUCAGUUUCCCUUGUUGAAAGGGAAAGGAGUGUGUGUCACCAGCGCCUUCCAGCUAUGUUUAAAACAUCGAGGUUUUUCGAAUUACUGCUAAUGCUUGCUUGGUCUCUCUCGGAUGAGCUUGCGGGAGAUUAGUGCAAAGCAGUUUAAAAGUAAUGUGAGUGAAUAGCGGUUUUAUUUUACCCUGAAUUAUACAGGAUUUAGUUGGGAUCUUUAAGUGUGAUUUCACUUAAAGAUUUACACCAAAGAAAAAUCCACACGGAUCAAACAUUCCUGCCUUCUGCUUAAAUGCUUUGACAAUAUUUAAAUGCUGCUUUUUUUAAAUGUUUCGUUUAUUUUUUGUGUAUUUGUUUUUGUAUGCUGUACCUGUACAUUCUGUAAAGCAUGUAUAAAGAACAUUAUGUUUCAGAAAAUUCUGACAUUUAGCUGACAUUUAAACAAUAAAAUGAAUU